CCGUUAUAUGACGACAAGCAUAUGCAGCCUCGGAUUUGUAAGAUUUUUCUUGCUCCAGCUGGAUCCUGAGUCACUGGUUAAAUGGUGCUGAUAAGGUCUAAUUUUGGGACAAGAUCAAAAUGGCAGCGGGAACCUGCCGCAUCGUCAUGGAAACCUCUAUACACAGCACCAGCGAUGCAGAGGAGAAAGAGGACUCUUGUUAUGCUGACUUUGAUUUUGAUGAUGAGGACGUGUACCUCGUCAAUGACGACGAUGACGAUGAUUGUAUCUAUCAGGAAUUUACGGAAUUGGACUUCUUCCAGUUACCAGACACCAAAAGCAUUGUGUCAGAUGAUUCCUUCUAUCCACCUGACAAUUCAGUCACCUCUCAGAGAUCGCCCACGCCUGACGGUCCAGAGCCUCUUACGUUUUUCAAGGCAUGCUGCAGUAACAAUGCCAUCAUAGUCAAAAUUCUGAUCAGGCAAGGGGUCAGUGAAGAGGAAGUGCGAGAAGUGGAUAAAAACAAUAGGACUGGUCUGAUUGUGGCGUGUUAUCAGGGCUACGUGGACGUCGUCAUCGCCCUCUCACAGUGUCCGUAUGUGGAUGUGAACUGGCAAGACAGCGAGGGUAACACAGCACUCAUGACCGCUGCACAAGCAGGUCACAUUAUGAUCACCAACUUUUUACUGAACUAUUUUGCCGGGGUGGACAUCGAACUCAGGAACUGCCACGGCUUCACGGCCAUUGUGAAAGCGGCCGUGCAGGGCCGUGCCGGCUGUGUCCGAGCCCUUAUGAUGUCAGGUGCGGACGUUGAGGUGAGGGACUACGGGCGUAAGCUGACGCCGCUCGAGUGGGCACUUCUCACAGGCCGCUAUGAGACGGCACGGACGAUGCAAAGGCUGAUGGCCCGGCCGUGUGCCGAGCAGUUCUGCGACUCAUUCCGCAUGGAAUGGCCCCGGUUGUCUCAACUGGCGUGCCAGGCACAGGAGCCCCGACCAUGCUGGAGGCAGCUGUCGGAGCGCAUGUGUGGCACCUUCAACCUCGGGAUGAGGACGGAGCCUCUGGAGGAGGGUGCGCUAGACUACAUGGUGCGCCUGACCACAGCGCUGGCAAGUCCGCUUGUGGCCACGGCCUGCAGCACAGUAUGCCCAGGCAGCCCACCAUGUGUAGGCAAACAUCGACCAGCUGUUCCAGAUAUCCUGCAGGACAAUGACAAGCGGGUGGACGAUCUUAAGAGUCUGGAAAACUAUAAGCGCCUCUUCCAAAACGGUCGUAUGCCACUGGUUUUCAAGGAACAGGAGCACUGUGCCAGCCUGCAAGUGCCAACACUGCCAGAUGUGGUAUUGGCAUCCAGCCUGACACUGUGCAGAAACUGCCUGCUUCCGCUGCACAUGAUACGCCGGAGAAGCGUGUGCCCGGGCCUGGUGGUGCCCAGAUUACACCUGUGCAAGGCUCCACCACCAACCUACACACCUCAGAAGAACAGCUGCAGGGGCAAGGAUUCACAGUACCUGCAGGUGCCCAAGUGGAAGUACAAGGCAUUGAAAGAGGAGAAGGAGCAGGAAAAGCAAAACGACAAACUGAAGCUUCCGAUCGUGAAGAACAGAUGACGCAAACAUGGACAUUGCACGCGAUCGAUCAAGUCUUCCUCUGUGGUUCUCUCAUCGGUUGUCUGUACGCGACAGCCGUGCGACUCUCGCCUUUCCAAAGAUGAGCUGACGAAUGCUGCAACCAUUCAGCUAUAUCAAUAGUUUCAGUUUGGACUAACUAUUAUUAUUAUUAUUAUUUUUUUUACAAUUUUAUUUGGUUUAUCUUCUAAUAGACAGGACACAUUACAGCUAGAAGAUUGCUCGAUUAUUCUUAUUCCAUCUUUUUAGAGGAAAAUAUUGGAAAUUGAUGCAAAUGUAUUUGUAUUAUUUAUUUUUUUAACAUAAGCAGCUUUUGCAAAUAAACGCCAGAUAGUGUUGUACUUCACGUUAGUUUUGACUGGUGCAGGCUGAUAAAUAUAUACACACAUAAGGAAUUAUAAUAAUUAAAGUAUAUGAGAUUUGUA